CCCCUUUUUAAUGUGUCAUGAAGUUGAGCCCGGUUUCUUUCCAUUUGUCUUUUCCAUCAUGACUACUUUCACAGGGAAAUAUGAGCUGGAGUGUCAAGAAAAUUAUGUGGAGUUUCUAGAAGCAAUAGGACUCCUCAAAGCAAAGACUGACCAUAAAGUGAUCACAGAGGUGCAUCAAGAUGGGAACAACUUUACUUGGACUCAAACCGUUCCAAACUGGACCUGGUCGAAUUCUUUUACUGCAGGCCAAGAGUGUGAGCUGUCCACAAUGACGGGGAAAAAAUUCAAGGCUCCAGUCAUAAUGGAGAAUGGCAAAAUUUCAAUACAAUUCCCUCAGUACCAUUUAACAACUGAGAUUGUGGAUGAUAAACUGAUCAUGACUUGUGUAACUGAAGGAGAGAAGGGUGUGACGUUCAAGCGGGUGAGCAAGAGGAUCUGAGACUGCAUGACUGAACAUGCCAUGAGAAAACUAAACAAGGAGCUCUGAAAAAUCUGCAGGCAAUUAUGUGUUCUCAAUCCAUGUGUCCUGAUAUUAUAAAAUCAUGUUUUUGUGAUUGUUGUUAUUAAAAAAGUUUAUCAGAAGGUAUUUGCAGCAUAUGCCAGUAACUGUAUGUCUAUUAAAAAUCAGUUGUCACUUGUUGAAUGA